UAUUUGGAAAAAGGGAAUAUAAAAAAGGAGGAGGUGGUGAAAUUAAAUAUGUGUGCAGUAAAACACAGUGGGUUACGAAUGGCGAUGGAGAAGUGAUGAUGAUGAUGAUCUGUGUUGAGAUCUCUAUACUACUCAUACUUUCCGCUGCUCCUCUUGUGUUCCCAAGAUUGUUCACUCCCAAACACAACCCAAACCCACCAUUCCCCAUUUCCCCUCUCUCUUUCUCUUUUCCCCUUGUUUCCUUCCUUAAUCAGACCACACCUCGUAACAGUAUCUCCUAAAUAUGUUUUCAAUUCAGACAACGCCUUCUCCAUUCCACACAUCAUCAUAAUCUACAAAUAAAAAAAAAGAACAUUACACUACUAGACUAGUAGUAUUGUGCUCAUGGUGGGGAUGGUGUACGCCGACGAGUGGGGUUUACCUUUCUCGGAGGAAGCAAACAACGAAGCGAUCGAUCUGAAUGCGUCGUUGAACGAGGAGGAUGACGUGCAUGGGUCUGGAAGCAAGGAGAUGGGGCAGUCCAAGCUGUGUGCCAGAGGGCAUUGGCGCCCCGCUGAGGACGCCAAGCUCAAGGAUCUCGUCGCCCUCUACGGCCCCCAGAACUGGAACCUCAUCGCCGAGAAGCUCGACGGCCGAUCUGGUCAUACAUUCUUUCAUUCUGUAUAUAGGGCUUGCUUCUUUUUCUUUUCUACUCAAAUUUCCAUCUCUUACUACUUAUUAGGUAAGAGCUGUAGGCUUAGGUGGUUUAAUCAGCUGGAUCCCAGGAUAAACCGCAGGGCUUUCACCGAGGAGGAGGAGGACCGCCUCAUUGCCGCGCACCGCUUGUACGGUAACAAAUGGGCCAUGAUUGCGCGUCUCUUCCCGGGGAGAACCGACAAUGCCGUCAAGAAUCACUGGCAUGUCAUUAUGGCUCGCAAAUACAGGGAGCAAUCUUCCGCCUACCGCCGCCGGAAAAUGGGCCAGUUUGUUUUCAAGCGGGUGGAGGAUCAAAACCAGAUCAUACCCGAUUCUGCCCUUUUCUGCGCCGCCUCCCGCCCUGGCCUUUGGGCUCCGCAGCCUUCUCUUGCUUUCCACCCAGGCCAGAGUUACAGCAAUGAGAUAAUUAGCAUUUUAAACCACAACAAAUCAUGGGAAGAAACCAACUAUAACCCCCACCACUACACUCCACUGCACCAGCACACACUCUAUCAUUUCCCACGCCAAGCCGAAGCCGAAGCCGAUGCAGCCGAGCCCAAGCCGGAUGAGGAUGACCGGAUGGCGCCGCAAUUUAUAGAUUUUCUCGGAGUCGGCGGCGGGGAUUCUCUUUGUGAGGGAAUUAAUUAGUGUUGUUAAUCUUUGAAUCAUUAGCGAAUAAUUAAUUAACGUGUACUGAAUUUGGGAACAGUAGGAAUUCUUUGAUGAGAAACAUGUACUCGUAUUUUAUAAUUUCUCUUUCCUCGUAAGUUCGAAAUCCUUGGAUGGAACUGUUUGAAAAUGUGUUGUCA